GAAGCAUGCUGUGCCUCAGGAGGAAGCGCGUCGUCCCAGGAGGGUACAAAGGGUACAAUGCCGUGGCAGAGUGGACUCGCUGUAAGCCGGUUUGGUCGGGAAAGAAGGACCGACGAAGCAUCUCUGCCAACCUCAAGCGCUCUCCCCAACGAUCGCGCCGUCGGGCUGCCUCUCGUGCUCUGAUGCCUGUUGUACCCAUGGUCCCCUCCUCUAUGUGGCGCGUGUCUGGUUUAGAUGAGGGACCGCAUUGUCACAAUAUCUUCCCCGACCGCAUCUCAGUAAACCGAUUCGCGGCGCGCUAUGGUACCGCUAUCCGCGCAGCCGAGGGCGAAGUCUGUUCGUCCCCGAAUGCUGGCCCGUCUUGGCGGCGCGCCCCGCUGCUUUCUGACCCGAGGAGCCCCACGGCCGGACCUGCUGCGCUAGACAGACUCAGGCGCCAGUACACUCGCGCGCCUAAGCACCCUUCUCCAUUGAACCCCGCUCGAGACUCAGCUCCCUCUGAAUACGUGCCGCCCCAGCCCGCUCGGCCGCCCAGCGGUGCCAUCUCCCUCCCCCUCGUUCGCACCAGGCGAUCCUGCCGCCGCAAAGUCGCCGCGAUGCCCUUCGCGCACUACGUAGAGCACGGGUGCCCGCGGCACUGCGCGCAGUGUGCGCGAGACAGGCUAGAUAAGCGCCUCUUGCUUCACCGUGCUAUUCACCCUCCGCCGCCGCCUCCUCCCUCUGCUGACGCCAUGCUCGUUGAUGCGCCGCUCCUGCCUGCGGCGCCGCUUCCGCCGCUCGCAGACCUCGCGCUCGCGCCGCUGCAGUAUCCGCCUGGCGCGCCGAUGCUGAAGGACUUGAACGACUUCGACGACCGUGAGGAUCCCAUGGAAGGCAUAGGGGAUGAUCAGACCUACAACUUCGGUGCCUUGUUUGCUUGAUCCGCUAGCUGGGCAACGCCAUGUUCUGAGGGCUGUCGACCGGCAAGCGCUCUGGGUAGCCCAAGGUCGGAGCAGGACCGUCUCUCU